AUGUUCUUCCUGCGCUACCUGCGCGCGCUGCUGCGGCACUACGAGGAGGGCUUCUGGCUGGUGGUGCUCUUCGUGCUCACCUCGCUGCCCGGACUGCGAGAGGUGAGCAUGUGCGGAAACUACGCGGCGCACGACGUCGCGCUCUCGCUGCUGCGGAUGGUGUCCAACAACAUCGGCCAGAUCGCGACGCUGUACGCGCAGCAGUCGGGGCUGCGCCACAUCGUCCAGCCCCUCUUUCUGAAGCACGACUGCUUUGUCGGCGCCAUCGUUGGCGGCUGA